GUGACACGAUACCGAAAAACGUAAUUGUAAUUUCUAAUUCAAUAGGGUAAUUCACCUUCCAAAUGUGUGACACUAUGCUGCUUGUUUUGAUCAUGGCUGAAGUAUCGCUCCAUCGAGAACCGAUUCAAUUCAAAGCAGACGAUUCUGUCGAAUACUAAGUGUAUUCCAACGUUUUUGAAGAUGAUAACGUUCUGGAUGGUUGCUUUGUUUAUGCUCAUUGGAUCUCUAUUACCGAGUAUUGUGAAAUGGGGCACACACUUCAUAUUCAAGAUAACUGACAAAGAACAAAUACAUAGAGAAGAAUUCAAAGAACUCAGGAAAGAGUUGGCUGGCAUAUCUGCUGUAGAUGAAUUUGCACGUUACGCCCGCACUCAGCGAAAAAUAAACAAGCUGGAGGAACAAAUCCAAGCUCUUGGUCAGUCGAGAAUGGACGAUCGGGAAUCUAUCAGAUGGAAAUUUACUAAAACCAUACAGGUUAUCAAUGGUACCGUUCUUGUCUACCUGGCUGUCACUCAACGGUACGAACCAGUUCUUACUGGAGUUCCUGACUGGUUCUGGCCACUGAAUCUCGUGCUUAGUUACCCCACCGGGGUCGAAGGCGCACUCAGCAUUGUAUUCUGGUUAUUUAUAUGUAACAACGCCUGUCGGGCAAUCCUCAAAUGAAAACACUUGCACGUGGUAUGAACACCAAUUUCCGAAUGA